GCGAAUUCCAACAUGGCGCCAUCGUACGUUGGAUUUGAACGUCAAAACAGUCGGAAUUUUCAACGUUUUGGUCAAAACACGGAAGUUUUCGUAUUGCUAUAAGUUAGUCCUAUCUGUUAGGCGAAGGCCCCAUGGCGGCUUCUCCUGCAACUCAGCUUCUCUCCAUCACCAGUGCUGCUGUCAGCGCUCUGGGAAAAUCCAGCCAGUCUUCUCACUCAGGCGGCUCAUCAGGUGGAGCGAGAACAAACACUGGACACCCCCUCCAACCAACAGUCAUCCGACACUUUGAACAGAGGGUCGAGAGACGCCCGAGUCCAGAACGGCAGGAAAGUGGCAGCUCCGGUGGCGAGGAUGAAUCUAAUUCAACUGCUAAUAAGGAUCAAGAUCAGGAAGGCAUUGUAGGAAGAGAAGCAGAGAGGGCAGAUUCUGCCAACAGCUCCAGUGCAAGUGAGAUUCUCAUCAGAUCAACAGUUCUGGACCACAACCAAAGUCAGGUAUCUAAAUCAAUGAACACGAGCUUGGAUACCAGGGCGAGUUUUGGCAGCUCAGGGUCUCAGAGAGUGAGAGUACCCAGGGGACUGUUGAAGGAGGUGAAGUCUCCCUUUGACAGGGAGGAGGCAGGUGUGACAGAGCAUGUCCCUGCACCGUUGCCUGGUAAUCUGCCUCCUGAGAAGGAGAACAGGACUGCAGAAUCAGACGUCCCAUCAGUACUGGUACUGGAGGAACAGGAAGGGCAGGAAGUACUGACUUCAUAUCUCAAACAGCGAGAGACAAGGGCAGAUCGUCCAAGCACGUUUCCAACUAGUACAGGUAAUGUGAGAGAUAGACCACGGUCACCUGCAGGUACAUCUGUACAGCCACCUGGCAGCUGCUCUGUAGCUGCUGCAUCUGAUGUUGUCAUCAUACAGACAGUGAAUGUGCCACAUAAGGGUGGCAGUGCUGCAGGUAAUCAGCAGGGGGUGCUGCUGCAGCAGGGAGCUGCAGUUGAGGGUGUGGACAUCACAGCCAGCCAAGAUCCAACAGGAGAUGACGUGAAGGUAUCUAGGUUUCAGCUGACAGAGAAACAAAAGGUGCUUAAGUCCCAGUUGGGAAAAAGGCAAGACAGGACAGCACCUGUGAAGAAGGUUGUCCAGCCCAGGGUGAUCAAACACCUGGUGCCUUCAGGUGGGGAUGAGAACAAACCCCCCAACAGACAGGAGUCCCCAGGUGUGGACACUGCCAGCAUCGCAGCUGCCACUGCGGCUGCAGUUGCUGCAACAGCACCAUUCUUUCAGGCUCACACAGACCUGGAGGCAAAGAUCUCGUCCAUCAACGAGAAGCUGUCUCGGCUGCAGGAGUCAUAUCAGGACAAGUCCAGCGCCGCGCAGCAGUCGGACCAGCAGCUGCGCCAGCAGCUCCAGCAGCUGACCGACAUGAGGAUCAAAUUCCUGGAGCAGCUGCAGCAGCAGCAGCUGGAGUGGCAGGUUAAAGCAACAGCAGUUCCAGGUGGCAUGGCAGGUCAUCAGCCCCCAGCUGAAACAUACCAGACUAGACCAGCUGCAACUGAACAGGUGGACAGUCGACCUAACCCACCCAGCUACGAUGACUGGACCCACCCCAAAUACGUGCCUGUCCAGGUGCAUCACAGACCCACCCAUUCUGCACCACCACAACCCACGCCUGCUACACACAGACUCUCCAGCGGCUUUGCCACGACCCACGCCACCCAGACCUCGCCCCUGGACACACCAGCACCUAGAAAGCACCCACCUGUGCCCAUUCCUAAGGACAACAGUCUGGAGAGGGCUGACAGGAUGGCAAGGCUGCGUCGUGACAUUGAAGAACACAACAAAGGACGAAGCAUCCUGAAUGAGAUCUUGUCCAGUCAUGAUGGUCUUGAAGCCAGCACAAUCCGACCAAGGUCACCUUCACCUCCAAGAUCGUACCAUCUACCUGUGGAGCCAGCAGCAGGGAGGCUGGGGAGUCAGCACACGUCAGUAAACAGCCAGCACAAUCCGACCAAGGUCACCUUCACCUCCAAGAUCGUACCAUCUACCUGUGGAGCCAGCAGCAGGGAGGCUGGGGAGUCAGCACACGUCAGUAAACAGACCAUGCAGACACCUAUAAGCCCACGUCUCUGA